AUGAUCGGCAUAAGUCGUAUCUUCGAUGCAGCGCCACACGGGCCCCAUACUGUUUUCGACAUGUUCGGAGUUUUUGUACUCGAGACUGAUAAGGAUGACUUUAUUCCUGAUGCCUACACUGAUGAUGUGGAUUUUAUAGGCAUUGAUCGUAUCCUUGAUGCAGCCCCACGCGGGCCCCUUUCUGCUUUUGACAUAUCUGGAGUUUCAGUACUUGAUGAUGAGUCAGUCCUUGAUGUCGUUACUUCUGAUUUUGCUUCUGUUGAGGGAGCGUCCGACUCUGUGGACCCACCUCUUUCUUUUGACACUAUGUCCGGGUUUGUCACCCGCUUUGAUGAUAUUUCUGAUGGUAAUAAUGAUAUGAGUAUUUUCGAGUACUUGAAUGUGUCCCAACAUUUUCCUUUGAUUGCACCACCAGCACCCACGACACAUAUAUAUGAUGUUGAUGAUGUGGGAGAUACAGAUGACCCACUGGGUGGUCAGUCAGAGUGUGAUUCUGAUUCAGAGGAUAGGAAAGUCACACCCAUUUCUAGUAGCACAGAGUUGAUAGAUUUUGGGGCACCAGAUCAGCCCAGGGAGAUUAGGAUUGGCUCUUCUCUAUCUCCUGAUGAGAGGAGUAGAUUGAUUGACCUGCUUAGGUCAUACUUGGAUGUAUUUGCAUGGUCAUAUGAGGACAUGCCGGGCCUUGACCCCACCAUAGUGCAGCAUCACCUGCCCAUUUUACCACAUGCUAGGCCCGUUAAGCAGAAAUUGAGGAGACUACACCCUCGAUGGAGUUUGCAGGUUAAGGAAGAAAUUCAGAAGCAACUCAGUGUUGGCUUCUUGUCAGUGGUUAAGUAUCCUGAGUGCCCUAAGGAUGAUUUUCCCCUUCCACACAUUGAUAUGUUGGUUGAUAGCACUGCAGGGUAUCCGAUGUUAUCCUUCAUGGAUGGAGCCACUUAUCAGAGAGCUGCUACUACUCUGUUCCAUGAUAUGAUGCAUAGAGAUGUCGAGGUCUAUGUGGAUGACAUGAUAGUAAAGUCCCGAGACAGGGCAGAUCACUUAGCAGCCUUACAAAGGUUUUUUGAGAGGAUCAGACAGUUCAGGCUGAGAUUGAAUCCUAAGAAGUGCACCUUUGGGGUGACUUCUGGAAAAUUGCUGGGACACAUUGUUAGUGAGCGAGGUAUAGAAGUUGAUCCAGAGAAAAUCAGAGCCAUACUUGACAUGCCUACCCCGAGGACUGAGAAAGAGAUAAGGGGAUUCCUAGGUAGAUUGCAGUACAUCAGUCGUUUCAUUGCUAGACUGACAGACAUUUGUGAGCCUAUCUUCCGUAUUCUGAGGAAGAAUCAGCCUACAGUUUGGAAUGAUGAUUGUCAGCGCGCUUUUGAGAGGAUUAAGGAGUGUCUCCUUUCUCCUCCAGUUUUAGUGCCUCCCACACCGGGGCGUCCUUUGCUUCUGUACCUAUCAGUUUCAGACAUGGCCUUAGGAUGCAUGUUAGCUCAGCUUGAUGAUUUGGGGAAGGAGCGAGCCAUCUAUUAUUUGAGUAAAAGGAUGCUUGAGUAUGAGUGCAAGUACAUUAUGAUUGAGCGCCUUUGCUUAGCAGUGGUUUGGGCCACUAGGAGACUUAGACAUUACAUGACAGAGUAUUCUGUGCUCUUGGUCUCACGAUUGGACCCGUUGAGGUAUCUAUUUGACAAGUCUGUUCUGACCGGUAGGCUCAUGAGAUGGCUGGUAUUGUUGACAGAGUUUGAUAUUCAUUAUGUCACGCAGAAGUCAGUAAAUGGAAGCAUUGUUGCAGAUCAUCUAGCUUCUUUGCCGAUAUCCGGUGACCGAUCAAUUGAUGAUGAUUUCCCUGAUGAGCAGAUAGUUUCAAUGACUAGUAUUACGGGGUGGCGGUUAUACUUUGAUGGUGCCGCCAAUCAGUCGGGGUUUGGCAUUGGUUUGGAGACUACAAUUGAUCUUGGCAAUAGACAGUUGGAGAUCCACGGGGAUUCCAACUUGGUUAUAAAGCAGACUCAAGGUAUCUGGAGGACACGGGAUGAGAAGCUGAAACCCUACCAUGCUUACUUGGACCUGUUGAUUGAUAGAUUCGAUGUGUUAAGGUAUAUACAUUUGCCCAGGGUGGAGAAUCAGUUUGCCGAUGCAUUAGCCACCUUGGCUUCUCUGAUUGUGAUCCCUGCGGGGGUGAAUGUUAGGCCAUUGUUGAUUGAGACUAGGUCUGCACCAGCUUACUGUUGUCUGAUUGGAGAGAUAGAGGAUCAGAUUGAGCUGCCAUGGUAUCAUGAUAUUUAUCAAUUUCUGUCAUGCGGCGCUUACCCAGAGUCAGCCUCGGCCAAGGAUAGGAGAGCAUUGAGACAGUUGGCCACCAGAUUUGUUGUUUGCGGGGAUGCGCUGUAUAGGAGAUCACCUGAUGGCUUGUUAUUAUUAUGUUUAGACCGUGCAUCUACAGAUCGAGUGAUGAAAGAGGUUCAUGCAGGGGUCUGUGGCCCACACAUGGGAGAUUGUUGCCAGUUUGUACAGAGAUGUCAGGAGUGUCAGAUGCAUGGAGACUUGAUACACGUGCCACCUUCUGAGUUGCAUGCACUUGCAUCCCCUUGGCCAUUUUCAGUAUGGGGUAUUGAUAUUAUUGGGAAGAUCUCGCCCAAGUCUUCCAGUGGGCAUGAGUACAUUUUGGUUGCCAUUGACUAUUUCACCAAGUGGGUGGAAGCUGCUUCUUAUGCUAGGUUGACAGCGGCUAGAGUGGCCAAGUUCAUCAGAUCGCAUAUUAUCUGCCGAUACGGGGUCCCUCAUGAGCUGAUCUCAGACAGAGGGGUGCAUUUCAAGGGUGAGGUGGACACGUUGAUUCAAGAGUAUGGCAUUCAGCAUCACAGAUCGUCUGCAUACAGGCCACAGACUAAUGGAGCAGUUGAGGCCCAUAUAUCCGAGGCCGAGUGGGCCCAGUCUCGUUAUGAUCAGCUUAGCCUGUUGGAUGAGAAGAGAUUGAGGGCGGCAGAUCAUGUUCAGGCCUAUCAGAGGAAGAUGACCCGUGCAUUCAGAAAGAGGGUCAAGCCUAGGAAAUUCCAGAGAGGUGACCUAGUCUUGAAAGUCCUCAGGGGAUUGAUCAGCGACCCUAGAGGCAAGUUUAGACCGAGUUGGAGCAGGCCUUAUGUCAUCCGAGAUCUGACUCGAGAGGGAGCUGCCUGGUUGACAGACCUAGACGGAAAUCAGUUCAAAGAGCCAGUUAAUGUGGAUCAGCUGAAGAAGUUUUAUGCAUGA